CUCAAAUACCCUCCAUACAGCUCACUAUACAGGAUUCAUUCCCUUCCCUUGCAGAGAAACACGUAGAGAGAGAGAGAGAGAGUACCACUGGAACCAUUACUACCACCCAAGCCAACACAUCAUUCUCUUGUCUAAUUCCUUCACCUACACCUGCAAAAUUAUUCAGUUAAAUAUAUAGAAACCAUUUUCCUCGUAGAUAGAAAGAAACCAGAGAGUAAUAGUAAGGGAAAGAGAGAGACACACACACAUACACACACAGAGAUUGUUAUUACUGUUGCUGCUACAAUGUGGAUGAUGGGUUGUAGUGAUGGUAGUGGGUUUAACAUGCCGGAUUCGUUCAACAGUCGGAAACUUCGGCCUCUCAUGCCAAGGCUUACAACUAACAGCACUAAUUCUGCAGCUGGAAUAGCUCCUUGCUUGAGUCGUAUUCAUGGUACUGAUCUCUUUGCGUUGAAUACUCAUCUGGCAACUGUAAACGAGCAAAGUAAGAGAGAGUUUAUAAGUGCACAACCAGUGGUGAGCUCCAGGUGGAACCCUACACCGGAGCAGCUACGCACCCUUGAAGAAUUGUAUCGAUGUGGUACUCGAACACCGACAGCUGAGCAAAUCCAACACAUCACUGCUCAGCUUCGUCGCUUUGGUAAGAUCGAAGGGAAGAAUGUUUUCUAUUGGUUUCAGAACCACAAGGCCAGAGAACGGCAGAAACGCCGUCGUCGCGCUGCCGAAGAACAACAGCACUGUGAUACCGAAAACUUGGACAGGAAAGAAUCGGGGUCGAGUAAGACAGGCUUUGGUAUUGAGCAGACCAGGAAUUGGACCUGGGCUCCCCCUACCCUUGCAGAGGAAACUGUUUCAAUGCAAAGAGCAGCAGUAGCAGAAAGUAGAACAGACGGAUGGAUUCAAUUCGAAGAGGGAGAAUUACAGCAAAGAAGCAGCUCGGUAGAAAGGCAUGCCACGUGGCAAAUGAUGCAGCUAUCUUCUUCUUGUCCAAGCACCACUCUCAUAAGCAACAUAACCACAGCAACAACAGAAAUAGACCCAAAACUUGUAAACAAUCGACCUCUGGACAUUUUCAAAACAACCUGCAGCACGGAACAUCUCUCUACCCUCCUCAUCAAUGGCGAAGAUCGCAACGGCGAGGAGGAAUGUGGAGAAUCACAAACACUUGAGCUCUUCCCGCUGCAAAGCGAGAGAAACAAUGGUUCUGAUGAUGCAGAGAAAGAAACGGAGGUGGCGAAUCCAACCAUGAAUACUAACUUCACUUCUUAUCAGUUUUUUGAAUUCCUUCCUAUGAAGAACUGAAGAAGGAAACUUACCCAUGUUGCCAAUAGUGGUUGGUCAUGGGGUUUACUUUGCUAUGUAUUUAAGGUAAUGGGUUAUGUUUAGAUUUUGUUGUUAUUGGAAAUUGGGACUGUUCUUAAUUAGUGCUUUUCUUGUUAGAUCUCAUGGAAGGCGCAAAGGUUGGAUGUGGGUAUUUAGUGA